GCGGCAGCUGCAGAAGAAGAACACUCUGUUUUAAUUUGACACAAAACAUGUCGGAAUGUGAUCUGUUUUGAAAGCUGUUGUUGUCGGGAGUGAGCGAGCAUGGCGGCCGGCUGGAGCGCCAGGAUCUCGGCCUUCCUCCGCGGGCCGCGGCGCUUCCUGUCCGGGACGAGCGCGGACUCUUUCCUGGCGGAGCUGCUGCGGGAGCUGCGGGACGACCGAGCCGCGUCCGGCCUCAAGGUGCUGCUGCUGUCCCCGCUGUGCGAGCACCCGGCCCUGCUGUGUCCCUCAGCCUCCUCGGCGGAGGACACGGCCCUGGAGCUCAGCGCCGUCUUCGCCCAGUGUCCCCCCACGGCCGUCGAGUUCCGCUGCCAGCUCCUGGUGGCCGUCACCUGCGUCCUCGUCUGCUCCCCCUGCACGAGCGGCCACCUCGCUGCAUCCCGGGACUUCCUGGAGCUGCUCCUGCAGGUGGCCCAGGACCCCCAGGGCGGGGGGCUCCGCGCCACGGCCUGCGAGUGCCUGCGGGAGAUGGAGCGCUGCUGCCCGGGGCUCCUCAGCCAGCGCCUGGAGCUCCUGGACGGGCUCCGGCAGCAGGAGAGCUCCCGGCUCCACCAGGCCUACGCGGGUCUGCACGCGCUGGUGCUGAGGAACGCCGUGCACGAGCUGACCCAGCAGGCCGGGGCGGGGCCGGAGCACCUCCGGGCUCUCCUGGGGGGAAACGCCCCGCUGGCUUGGGAAGCAGAGCAGGACUCGGGUCCGACGAACGGCAGCGGUUCAGCCGGACUGUCGUCCCUCCUGCUGGGGCCGAUGGGCGCCGUGCCCACCCUGCACACCGGGCCGGACUGUAAGGAGCUGCGGGCGGUGCUGUCCUCCCUGCUGGAAGAGUCCUACCUGCUCACCCCGCUGUGCCAGGCCGCCCUGCUGCACAGGCUGAUCGAGGUGGUUGCCAUGGUGCCUGGCAUCCCCCCAGCCAUCUUCAGAGCUCAGCUGCUGCGGCUGCUGGGAACCAGCGAGGUCUGCCUGCUCCACACCACCCUGCUCCUGAAGAGCGCCUUCACCGACAGCCUGUUCAGCGCCGAGGACGAGGCCUUCAUGCUGAAGCGGCUGGUGGUUCUCUCCCAGCACCCGCUCCUGAGCACGCCGGAGAAGCUGUUCUACAUGGACUGCAUCGCGCACUUCCCGGAGAACCGUCCCAUCGGCUGCGGCGACGGCGACGAGGCGCUGCCCCUGCUGCUGACGCAGCAGCUGGCCUCGGCUCUGCUGCCCACCGUGUUCAACGACGGCGCCACCCUGCUGGCCCGGCUCCACCUGCUGUGUCUGGUCCACCUGGAGGAGGACGGGGGGGAGGAGGACGGGGCCGGGGGGGACGGGGCCGGGGGGGACGUGGGGCGCGGGCUGGCCUACCUCUACGACCACCUCACCUCCCUGCUGCACAUCGUAGAGAGCGGGGGCAGCAGAGAGAUCGUCGUCACCUUCUUCAGGGCCAGCUUCCUGUUCCUGUCCCACUUCCACGGCGUGGAGCGCUACGCCGCCGGCCUGGUGGAGCGGCUGUGCCGGCUCUACCUGCGCCAGCCCCAGCUGGCCCCGCAACUCAUCAACCUGGCCGACCAGACCCAGGCCCGCCUGCCCGGGUGCGACUGGGCCCUGGGGCUCCUGAAGGCGCUGCAGCAGGCUGUCAUCAGCGCCCCGCUGGGCCGGCUCACCCUGCGGGACCUCGGCUGGCACCUGAAGACGCUGGCUCGCGUGGCGGAGGAGGGGGAAAUCCCCCAGCACGGCACCCUCGGCUUCCUGUCCGGCAUCGUCGCGCCGGCGGCGUCCUCACUGUGCGGCGGCGGCGACUGGCGCCUGGGGAACGGCGUGCUCGGGGUCUGCCGCCGCCUGCUCGUCCACCCGAGCCUCAACACGCUGCUGCUCCCCCUGGCCGACGUCCUGCAGCACCUCAGCUGCAACUACAGGGACAUAGACGUGCAGGACCGCGCCCGCCUGUACUACUCGCUCCUCACCACGCUGUCCCAGGAGAAGCUGGUGGCGGUGAUGGAGCAGCCCGUGAGCGGCGGCGUUAGCGGGCAGCAGGUGAAGAAGCGGACGCUGUCCUGCCUCAUGGCCGAGAGCGAGGGGCUGGCCAGCGCGCUGACCGUCCACCAGACGGGGAAAACGAUCCUCAGGCUGCGUGAGGCCGGUUCCACGGCCCCAGACGCGCCUCCAGCCCUGGAUGUGACCCAGGCGGAGGCGGAGGAGUGUUCUGACGAGGCCGGCGGCGCGCUGGACGCCUACAGGGCUCAGUUCAGCGAGCCCGGCUUUGCUUCACAAAUCACCCUGAGAUUUCAGCUGACCCACGUGGACGCCGACGACCCCCGUUUCGACCAGCUCUUCAGCAUCCGCCUCCACUUCAGCCUCACGGAUGAAUCCUACCGAGACCUGCAGGACGUCAGCGUGCCGUGCGUUUUCAGGGAAAGAGCGGCCCCCGUGGUGGAGCUGAGACUGACGCCCCGGCUGCCCUACCCCACCACCCUCCGCGUCCAGGCGAUCUUCACCACGCGAGACGGGCUGACGUGGACCAGCAGCCUGCCGGACGUCCACGUGGCGUUCCAGCAGACUUUCCAGGCUCUGCCGGCGCCCGUCAGCUGGGGGCCGGCCAGCCGGCUGAGCGUGUUCCAGCAGCUGUGGGAGGAACUGAGCGGCGAGGCCGGGGACUGCGCCCUCAGCCUCUUCUGCUGCCAGCUGACGGACGCAGCUCUACGGGCGCUGGUGGGGAAACACUUCCCCGCUUUCCUGGUGCCGGACCCGUCCUGUGAAGACGAGGUGAAGGUGCUGCUCUUCCUCCCGCCGCAGUCCCACGUACUGCUGAGGAUCAGGGCCGACGAGGACGCCGUGCACUUCAGCAUCGCCACCAACGACUGGCGGCUCCUGCCUCACGUGAACAGCUACCUGCUGGCCGUCACGUCGGCCCCGGACCACGCUCCUCCGACCGCCGCUGCAGUUUGACGCAUUUUUAAAAGUCAAAAACACCCGAAGUUGCCUUUUUAAUGUGGAUUUCACCAGCGUGAAAUAACUCUGCAGGACACUGAACUUAAAAUAGUUAUUGCAUUAAUUUGUGUUGAUUUGAAAUUAAAAAUGUGAAGUUAA